UUCCAUAUGCUGUGGGUGCGGCCAUAAAAAGACAAAAAAAUAAAUAAAAUAAAUAAAAUUAACAAAAGGUAGAUGGAAGUUCUUAGAUUUUUAUAAUAUCCAAAAUAUCCUUAUGCCUUUCCUUGUAUGACUUUUAUUUUUGUGUUCUAUCUUUGCCCUGUCAUUGCACUGACAAGGUAUCUGUUAUUAUCUCUAUGUAUUUAUCAAUUUAAUUGUUUAUCAUAAGGAGUGAUGUAAAACAUUACACUUUGUAGUAGGUUGCACAAUUGGACAACUUUGAAAAUGUCUAUGUUGAUCAGAAUGUUGCUAGUGAAUAAUCCUACCUACUUUGGGAAUUGCGGUCGCUCUAGUUGUUGGUAACAUGUGAAGUGAAAUCAACAGAAAGAAGAGGUAAGUGUUGCUCCUUGGAUUUUGGACAACUGAGUAUGCACAGCCAGUGAAUUUUUGGAGUCCUUGUUAAAUUGGGAGAGUAAUUUUGGUAUCUUGAGGGCAAUAGUUAAACACUCUAAUGGAAUGGUAAUAUUUUCAGGCUUUACCUGAGGAUUUAACUGCUUUACUCCCGUCCAGAAGCCCAAGGUAGCAUUCACAAAUAUAUUAGGAGAGAAGAUGGGCAGUUCUGCUAAAAUGUUUCUGUGUAGCCCUCUUAGUGAUAUGUUGAAAGUAAUUUAAUCCUUUGUAUAGGUACAUUCUAGGCCAUAAAAUCCUAUUACCGAAUGCAUUUUAGAGAUUUUCUUGUGUUCAGUUACAUGUGAUGUUUGUGCAAAUUCCAUUGUGUAGGAUUAUGAGAUACCUAUUUAAGAUACCUAUUAAGGGCUCUCUCCCCUUGUCGAGCUGUUUUUCUUACUCUUUCUGAUCAGUCUCCCUAUUUCUCCUUAUUCCCAGUUUCUCUAAAGAGUACAUAUAUUCUUAGAGUACUUUUAAGUCCUAUUAAACUCGAUCUGAAGCAGUCCUUUUAUACGUAUGAUCGAUGCAAAAACCAUUGUUGAUUUUUCGUAUAUAAAAUAUCAAUGUUUUUGUGAUAACGUACAACUAAAUUGGGAUAAGAUAUGUCAGUCCCAAUAAGCACAUCCUUUUUUCCCCAAAUAUCUGCUUAUGCUUUCCCAUGGUCUUGUCUUUUAACGAGAUAGGUUCACUUCCUCCCAUACCCCCACCCUUUUUCAAGGUACCCUUUCAAAAUAACUAAAUGCUUUUUCUUGUUAGGAACCAUGUGCUAACACAGGAUGGAACAGAGAAAUGGAAGUUCUUUCACUGGAUUUAUCCUGCUGGGUUUCUCUGACAGGCCUCAACUGGAGCAGGUCCUCUUUGUGGUUCUUUUGAUCUUCUACGUCUUCACUUUGCUAGCAAACACAGCUAUCAUUGCAUUGUCCCACAUGGAUUCACAUCUUCACACCCCUAUGUACUUUUUCCUCUCCAACCUAAGCUUUGUGGACCUGUGCUAUACUACCAGCAUUGUCCCCCAGCUCCUGGUUAAUCUCAGAGGAUCAGACAAAUCCAUCUCCUUUGGUGGUUGUGUGGUUCAGCUCUACAUCUCUUUGGGGUUGGGAGGUACAGAAUGCAUCCUCCUAGGAGUUAUGGCACUUGACCGCUAUGCAGCUGUUUGCAAGCCCCUUCACUACACAGUAAUCAUGCACCCCCGUCUCUGUGCCCUGAUGGCUUGUGCUUCAUGGAUCACUGGUUUUGCCAACUCCGUAUUGCAGACAGUGCUCAUCUUCCUUUUACCACUCUGUGGGAGAAAUGAAUUAGACCACUUCUUUUGUGAGGUCCUUCCUUUGCUCAAGCUUGCCUGUGUUGACACCACUGUGAAUGAGUCUGAGAUCUUCUUUGUCAGUGUCAUCAUUCUUUUUAUACCUGUUGCAGUAAUCAUGUUCUCCUACAGUCAGAUUGUGAGGGCCGUCUUAAGAAUAAAGUCUUCUGCAGGGCAGAGAAAAGCAUUUGGGACCUGUGGAUCCCACCUGACAGUGGUCUCCUUGUUCUAUGGCUCAGCCCUCUAUGCAUAUCUUCAUCCCAGCAGCAAUGACUCCCAGGAUCAGGGCAAGUUCAUCUCUCUCUUCUACACCAUCGUUACCCCCAUGAUCAAUCCCCUGAUAUAUACAUUGCGCAACAAGGAAGUGAAGGGAGCAAUGAGGAGGGUGCUUUGGAAGGAUUCUGCCUCUAGAUGACGGGUUGAGGAAGACAAUUUAAUGAAAGGACUUUGAUUGUCAGAGCUCUUUGGAUGUAUGUGUGGCCCAUGUGUCAUUGAAAAUUGAGCCGGAAAUUCUGAUGGGACUUUCUUUACUUCAAUUCUCUUUCAACAGUGAGUUUUCAGAAUCUAAGUUCAUGGAUUCAUUCCAAUUCCUAGAGAUGUACAACAUCUUAUUUAUAUUUACUAUUAUUUUUAUUGUUGUUGUUGUUAUUAUUUUUAUUAUUGAGGCCAGGCCCACUGCACAUGGAAGUUCCUGAGGCAUGCAUCAAACCUUAGCCACAGCAAUGACAAAGCCAAAUCCUUAACCACUAGGCCAUCAGGGGACUCUUAUAUUUAUUAUUAUUAUUAUUUUAAUUUUUAUCAUUGUUGAUUUACAAUGUGAUGUCAGUUUCUGCUCUAGAGCAGAAUGUCCCAGCUGUACAUAUACUUUCUCUUUUCUCAUAUUAUCUUCUAUCAUGUUCUAUCACAGUGAUUGGAUAUAGUACCCUGUGCUAUGCAUCAGGACCUCAUUGCUUAUCCACUCCAAAUGCCAUAGUUUGUAUCUACCCUAUACUCCCAGUCCAUCCCACUCCUUCCCCCCACACCGGCAACCAGAAGUCAGCUCUCCAUAUCUGUGAGUCUGUUUCUGUUCUGUCGAUAGGUUCAUCUGUGCCAUAUUUUAGAUUCCACGUAUAAGUGAUAUCAUAUGGUAUUUGUCAUUUUCUUUCUGAACUUCAGCUGGUAUAAGAAUAUCUAGUUGCGUCCAUGUUGCUGUAAAUGGCAUUAUUUUAUUAUUAUUUUUUUUAUUGCUGAGUAGUAUUGCCUUGUGUACCACAUCUUCUGAAUCCAUUCAUCUGUUGAUGGACAUUUAGGUUAUUUCUGUGUCCUGGCUAUUGUGAAUAGUGUUGCAGUGAACAUAAGGGUGCACCUGUCUUUUUGAAUGAGAGUUUUGUUCUGGUUUAAGCUCAGGAUUGGGAUUGGUGGAUCAUACAGUAGUUCUAUAUUUAGUUUUCUGAGGAACCUCCAUAAUGUUUUGCA